GACACGGGGAGAGCGGCCCCAUUGAUUCUACUGCCAGGUUAAAACCCCCUGCUGUUGCUGCUAGUGAUCUUGUAAAGCAACAGAGUUUGACACACACCCCCCUCGCCGAAAAGCGAGCUCUCGUUGCUGAGGCCUUCUCAGGAGAGCUUCCCGCUUGAACUCCGACGCUGAGCAGCGUCCGUCCGCCCGGCCCGGCCCUCUUCUGCCUCUUCCUGAAAAACCAGAAAGUUAACAUUAAACCCAAACGAGGCGGAAGCACCCUCGCUCCGGUUUGCAAGAGAGCGCCGUCAGGUGACUGGCGUCAUGUGAAGGAGAAGCGGCGCAAGGAGGACUCCCGAAGAGGCGCUUUAUGUCUGCCGGCUCCCGGCUUCCCGCGCUGGGGCGGCUGUUGCUGCCGCUGCUUCUCUCCAUCUCCCGGCCCUUAGCCGGAGAGGCCGCUCGCUAUGACCCCACUUGGGAAUCGCUGGAUUCCAGGCCGAUCCCCGACUGGUUUGACGAAGCCAAGUUUGGCAUUUUUCUCCACUGGGGCGUGUUCUCCGUGCCCAGCUUCGGCAGCGAGUGGUUUUGGUGGUAUUGGCAAAAGGAAAAGAGAGAACCUUAUGUAAAAUUUAUGAAUGCAAAUUACCCUCCUGGAUUCACAUAUGAAGAUUUUGGUCCUUCAUUUACAGCUGAGUUUUUUGAUGCCAACCAGUGGGCAGACAUUUUGAAAGCUUCUGGUGCCAAAUACAUUGUCUUGACUUCAAAACACCAUGAAGGUUUUACUUUGUGGGGAUCUAAAUAUUCUUGGGCUUGGAAUGCAGUUGAUGUUGGACCAAAACGGGACAUUGUGGCUGAAUUAGCAUCAUCUAUUAGAAACCGAACUGGAUUACGCUUCGGGCUUUAUCACUCACUGUUUGAAUGGUUCAACCGUCUCUUCCUUGAGGAUGCUGCUAGUGCAUUCAUGAAAAGACAAUUUGCAAGUCUCAAAUCACUCCCAGAGCUUUAUGAAAUUGUGAACCAAUACCAGCCAGAUAUUCUGUGGUCAGAUGGAGAUGGUAAUGCCCCUGAUACUUAUUGGAACAGCACUGGUUUCCUUGCUUGGCUGUAUAAUGACAGCCCUGUUCGGGACAGAGUGGUAACAAAUGAUCGCUGGGGAGCUGGCACUAUUUGUAAACAUGGAGGAUACUAUACAUGUGCUGAUCGAUACAAUCCAGGACACCUUUUGUCCCAUAAGUGGGAAAAUUGUAUGACAAUCGACAGGAAGUCGUGGGGAUACCGGAGAAAUGCACAAUUGAGUGAUUAUCUGGCAAUUGAAGAUCUUGUAAAGCUACUUGUUGAAACAGUGUCCUGUGGGGGAAAUCUCUUGAUGAACAUUGGUCCUACCCAUGAUGGACGCAUCCCUGUCAUUUUUGAAGAGCGCCUAAAACAAAUGGGGAAUUGGCUGGAAAUAAAUGGAGAAGCCAUUUUUAGCACUAAACCUUGGAGAGCGCAGAAUGACAGUGUCACCCCAGAUGUAUGGUAUACAUCAAAACCAAAAGAAGACAUUCUGUAUGCCAUUUUUCUUAAAUGGCCCUCUUCAGGAACUCUAGUGCUGGGUGAACCAAAGGGCAUUCCUGGGAAGACAGAGGUGAUGUUGAUAGGAUAUGCAGAACCAUUGCCAUGGGUUUCCUUGGGAGAAAAGGGAAUGAUGGUGGCUACACCUCUGUUAUCAUUUACUAAACUUCCGUAUCAAUGGGGCUGGACUUUACGGAUAACUCAUGCAUAUUAGUAAAAGAAAACUCUUCUGAAUCAUCAUCAUCAUCAUACACUUUAUGGAUAAUUAUAGUUCACUCCCAAUGGUGCUACUGCGAGAAGGGCAGGAAAGUUAAUCUCAAAAAGAAGACACUUCAUGUUUUGAUGUUUUUCCUCAUUCAGCUUUUUCAAAUUACUUUUUGAAAUGAGGCCUUUUGAAGAUUCUUGCAAGAUUCACAGGAAAUGGAAAUAAAACAGUGAUGUACAGAGAUGUUCAGGAAACAAACUAAGCAGAAAAAAAUAAAGUCUACCCUGCACAACAGAAGUGGUUUGGGGGUAGCAUUUAUCCUAUACCACAAAAUAAAUUUGACACACCAAAUCUG